AUAUAUCCUUCCUUUGCAGAAAAAUUGUUGAGCUCAUUGUAGAGGAAUUUCGGUCACUUUUCGCGUCGGAUCCAACGUUCCUACAACAGUAAGAAAAAAUCCAAAUAAAAAUGCCUAUGACAAAUCGUAGCCAGGCGCUGGCAAAUAACCGGAAACCGGAAAAAUUUUCCGACGAAGAACCGGAAAUCAUCGCGGCUCUGCUUCCCAAAACAACACCCGCCAGCAGCACGGGCUCAUCCUCCAACGAUUCGACCAAUCAGCUGGGCAAACAACGCCUUCAUCAACUCCGAACAAAUGCAAAGCAACCCGCGGGUUUCAUCAACAAAGUUCCUCAGCAACCCAAAGCUAACAAGUUCGGAGAUGACGAACAGCAGCAACAACAACAACAGCAGCGAGUCGCCGGCAUCAGGGACAAGCUUGGAGCUGACACUGGCCGCAGUAGACAACGAUCCACUGACAAUGACGACGGCAUUGACGGUGACGUGUUUGAUGACACUGCUGGCAACAGCCGUCAGCAUCCGAGAAUCAAACGGGUCUCGUCACUGCCUGGCUCUGCUGCUCGGGUGCGACGAGUCUCGUCACCGACUUUUGUUCCCACUGGAGAGUUUGCCAAUCAGCACCAAUCGACAGCAAACGAAUACCAGGGUAAUUCUAGGGGACGUUCAGCACUUGCCGGAAACCGCCGCUAUCAAUGUGCUAGUGCCAAUUCUAGUCCACUGCGCAACAGAACUUCAGUGAGUCCCAACCCUGUCCUGUACCAACAACAUGCCAGUGACACCGCUUACGUCCCUCAAUACCCCACUCGUCCAAUAUCACCCACCAUUUUACUUCGACACGACGACGUGAAUAGGUGAGUG